AUGCUCGAUAAGCGAGCACGUGACCUCCGAGUAACUCUCCGGAUGCUGGUGCUUUCACGACUACGAGAAUCGCUUGAACAAGCACUCGUACCUCCAGAGCUGCAUACAGCUAUUCUGCUAUCGCCGUCGGGCCAGCUGAUAUGCUUUGCCUCAUAUCCAAACAGACGGAAAGACGAUAUCAGGGUUAUCGCGGGGCUGAGCGGGGAAGUGUGGCAGGAAACACAAGAGCUAAGCUCGGGAAUGGUCAACAGUGAGCUCGGUCGAAUCCUGGUUAUGCCUGUGGACGACCCUGACUCGAUCCCACAACCACUGCCAGACGACUACCAGCCUCUCAUGCUACUCGUUUUGAACUCGACGGAUCAGAUGGAGUGGGAGGACCUGCAAGCCAGGGGACGAGCGGUGACUGUCCAGAUUGCGCGCCCAAUGACUCGAUUCAGAGAGCACUUGAGGCCAAUGCGAAAGCCCCCUCCGAUGCCCUCUGCAUUGACUUCCCCCUCCAGGGCACGCUAG